AUUUGAAUGUUUGUAAUAAGGAAAAUGAUUUUCUUACAUCAUAGGAGAAAAGAGAGGAGAAUAGAAUCUACGCUCUAUAUUAAGGUAUCGACCGCCAACAACACUCUCGGUAGCAUUUUGCAGUGAGUGGGAGAGAGAGUAUCAACAUGGAAGAGUCCCAAUUUGACGUCAUAAUCGUCGGAGCUGGCGUCAUGGGCAGCGCCACUGCCUACUACGCCGCCAAACGCGGUCUCAAAACCCUUCUCCUUGAGCAAUUCGACUUCCUCCACCACUGCGGUUCUUCCCACGGUGAAUCCCGCACAAUCCGCGUCACCUACAUCCAAAAACACUACUACCCUUUAGUCAUAGAGUCUUACAAACUCUGGCAAGAGGUCGAGGCCCAAAUGGGCUACCAGGUAUACUUCAAGGCCCAACACUUCGAUAUGGGCUCCUCUCACGAUCCCACAAUCCGUUCCGUCGUUGACUACUGUCAGACUCACGCCAUCCCUUUCCAACUCCUCCGCCCCCGCCAGGUUGCGGAAAAAUUCGACGGCCGCAUCAACAUCCCGGAAGAUUGGGUGGGUGUCUCCAACGAGUAUGGUGGUGUCAUCAAGCCAAGCAAAGCCGUCGCCAUGUUCCAGACACUGGCAUACAAAAACGGCGCCGUCUUGGUGGACAAAACCAAGGUGGUGGACAUCAAGAAAAGCAAAGAGGGAGAGGGUCUUGAAGUUUUUAGUGCAAGCGGCAAGAGAUUUCGCGGUAAAAAGUGUGUGGUAACUGUGGGUGCUUGGACACAGAAAUUAGUUAAAACGGUUAACGGGGUAGAACUCCCUAUAGUGCCCGUGGAGACACACGUUUGUUACUGGAGAAUAAAAGAGGGGGAGGAGAGAAAAUUUGAAAUAGGAACCGGCUUUCCUACGUUUGCGUCUUUUGGAAACACUUAUAUUUACGGAACGCCAACAUUGGAGUUUCCGGGGUUGAUUAAGGUUGGGGUACAUGGAGGGAAUCCAUGCGACCCUGACAAGAGACCGUGGGGUCCGGCAGUGAUGAUGGAGGAGUUGAAAAAGUGGGUGGGAGAAAGGUUCUCGGGCAUGGUUGAUUCCAGUGAGCCUGUAAUAAAACAAUCUUGUAUGUACUCAAUGACACCGGAUGAGGAUUUCGUCAUUGAUUUCUUGGGUGGUGAAUUCGGAAAGGACAUAGUAAUUGGAGGUGGGUUUUCUGGUCACGGCUUCAAGAUGGCUCCGGUUAUUGGGAGGAUCUUGACGGAGCUUGCUGCCGAUGGAGAAGCCAAAAGAGUUGAUCUCAAACAUUUCACGAUUGAAAGAUUCAAGAUAACCUCAAAGAUUUAGAUAUUAGGGUUAGACUCCACUUCUAACAAUAUGGACAUGAGUACAUCUUCUGCUACAUGACAUAUCCUUUUUCUACUGGACAUCUGCUUCUUCUUGGGCUUGUACCUAGGUCGGUAUCAAAUACUUCAAAUUUGUGGGUUUUUAUUUUCUUUGUCGUCUAAGGUUGUGCUUCUUCAGUUUCAGAGGCCCAUGUUUCCUCUCUUUUUUUCCUUAGUUUUAUCCAUAUUGCCUGUUAUGUUUAGGCUUUGAUUUGAUACAUUGUUGGAACGGUGCAAAAAGAACUCACCUUCCUCCUCCUGAAUGGGUCUUUCAAGCUUUUCAAUC